UGGCAGAGAGGGGUGGAGGACACUGAGUGGAGGCCAUUGGCUGGCAGAGAGGGGUGGAGGACACUAAAUGGAGGCCAGUAGAGGGAUUGGCAGAGAGGGGUGGAGGACACUGAGUGGAGGGAUUGGUAGAGAGGGAUGGAGGCCAGUGGAGUGAUUGGCAGAGAGGGGUGGAGGACUCUAAGUGGAGGCCAGUGGAGGGAUUGGCAGAGAGGGGUGGAGGACACUGAGUGGAGGCCAUUGGCUUGGCAGAGAGGGGUGGAGGACACUAAAUGGAGGCCAGUAGAGGGAUUGGCAGAGAGGGGUGGAGGACACUGAGUGGAGG